AUGUUAACGUCAAAGGGUGGGGUCAAUUGGAAGUCCACCAAGGCCCGUCUCCCACCAUGGAGAGCCCUCGCCGUACUCUUAACACGAACUCGCUUUUUGAUCUCGGUGGCCGUGACAGGGCUGGUCAUCUUGAUGUGGCGCGGCCUGAGCAAGUCGGCGUCGGAGAUGCAAAGGUACGCGAAAUUCUUGGACAAAAUAUGCGUGAGAAGCUCAAAAGGUACUAACUCGGCUUUUGUUUGGGGUAGUAGUUUCUACUGUUAUGGCUCGCCCAAGUCGCCCAUGGAGAUGUCCAUCAACGAGAUGGUCGCAUGGAACGCGCACGCCCAGACCCCCGUCCUCUUCAACCGCCAUGAACCCUACGAGGUCAACAGCCCCUCGAUCUCCGAAGUCAACCUCAACCCCAUCAAAUCCUCCACUCAGGCCUUGUCCAACCGCGAACGAGUCCUCAUCCUCACCCCGCUACGCGACGCCUCCCCGUACCUGGAGAAAUACUUCGAUCUCCUCUACAAGCUGACCUACCCACACGAACUAAUCGAUCUCGGUUUCUUGGUCGGUGACUGCAAGGAUGACACACUGGCAAACCUCGCCUCCGAGCUAGAUCGCAUCCAGAAACACGCCGACGAGAAAAUCGCGUUCCGGAGCGCGACGGUUGUGAAGAAGGAUUUCGGCGCCGACGUGGAGAUGAGUGUGGCGGAGCGCCACUCGUUUGCUGCUCAAGGUCCGCGGCGUAAGGCUAUUGGUCGGGCCCGCAACUACCUGCUCUAUUCCGCUCUCAAGCCGGAUCAUUCCUGGGUCUACUGGCGCGAUGUGGAUAUUGUCGACUGCCCCGAGCGUAUCCUGGAAGAUUUCAUGGCUCAUGACAAGGAUGUCCUUGUGCCUAGUUCACUAUACCAUGAACUUUCUGGGAUUGGCACUGACCAUCUUCUCCUAGUCGAUUACAACUCGUGGAUCGAAUCCGACAAGGGCCGUCGCCUGCGAUCGAAGCUGUCUCCUGACACCGUUCUCGCCGAAGGCUACAAGGAGUAUGACACGGGGCGAACCUACAUGGCCAAGAUGGGCGAUUGGCGGAAGGACAAAGACGAGGAAAUCGAGCUUGACGGAAUUGGUGGCGUCAACAUUCUCGUCAAGGCCGACGUGCACCGCACCGGCAUCAACUUCCCCGCAUAUGCUUUCCAGAACCAAGCCGAGACGGAGGGCUUUGCCCAGAUGGCCAAGCGCGCUGGCUACCAAGUGGUCGGCCUGCCCAACUAUGUGGUAUGGCACAUCGAUACCGAGGAGAAGCCCGGUAACGCAUGA